AUGGCUGAAGAAAAUAAUACCUUUAACACUGAGUUUAUUCUUGAAGGAUUUACAGAUCACCCAGACAUGAAACCACUUCUGUUUGUGGUAUUCUUCAUCAUUUAUCUGGUCACCAUGGUGGGGAAUCUUGGCCUUGUGGCAUUGAUUUGUACGGAACGCCGUCUUCACACACCAAUGUACAUCUUUCUGGGCAACCUUGCUGUUAUAGAUUCCUGCUGUUCCUGCGCCAUUACUCCAAAAAUGUUAGUGAACUUCUUUUCUGAGAACAGAAUGGUUUCCCUCUACGAAUGCAUGGCACAAUUUUAUUUCCUUUGUACAGUUGAAACUGCAGACUGCUUCCUCCUUGCUGCAAUGGCCUAUGAUCGUUAUGUAGCCAUAUGUAACCCACUGCAGUAUCACACCAUGAUGUCAAAGAAACUCUGUGUUCAGCUAACCACAGGGGCCUAUAUAGCUGGAAACUUGCAUUCCAUGAUUCAUGUAGGGCUUUUAUUUAAGUUAACUUUCUGUGGAUCUAAUCAUAUCAACCACUUUUAUUGUGAUAUUCUUCCCUUAUACAGACUCUCCUGUGUCGAACCUUUUCUCAAUGAAUUAGUAUUGUUUGUAUUUUCUGGUUCAAUUCAAGUCUUUACCAUAGGUAGUGUAUUAAUAUCAUAUCUCUACAUUCUUUUUACCAUUUCCAAAAUGAAAUCCAAGGAGGGAAGGAUCAAAGCCUUUUCUACCUGUGCAUCCCACUUUUUGUCAGUUUCCUUAUUCUAUGGAUCUCUUUUCUUCAUGUAUAUUAGACCAAAUUUGCUUGAAGAAGGAGACCAAGAUAUACCAGCUGCUAUUUUAUUUACAAUAGUAGUUCCAUUACUAAAUCCUUUCAUUUACAGUCUGAGAAAUAAGGAAGUAAUAAAUGUGUUGAAAAAAAUUCUAAUGAAAAAAGCAUCUCAAGAAAGUUUUAAACAAAGGACAUCUGUGGCUUAA